AUGGACGACGGACUCAGAGACAGGCCAGGAGUAACAUCCCGCUUCUUCCACAGUUUGGAAGUGAAGUACCAGUACUAUCUGGAUCGUCUGACACCACAUACAGCUCUUCGUUGGGUCAUCGCUUUGAUCUCUCUUGUCUUCUUCGCCUCCAGAAUCGUGCUUCUCCAGGGAUUCUACAUCGUUGCAUAUGCAGUCGGUAUCUACUAUUUGAACCUUUUCCUUCUAUUCUUGACGCCCUCAAUAGACCCAGCUCUGCAGUUCGAGGAUGAAGAUGAUGGACCAGUUCUCCCAUCAAAGACCAACGACGAAUUCCGCCCAUUCAUGCGCAGAUUGCCGGAGUUCAAGUUCUGGCACUCGUUCAUGAAAGCCACCCUCAUUGCCAUCACAUGCACAUUCUUCGAGUUCUUCGACGUUCCAGUCUUUUGGCCAAUUCUUGUCAUGUACUUCUUCAUUCUCACCUUCCUUACGCUGAAAAGACAAAUCAUGCACAUGAUCAAGUACCGUUACAUUCCAUUCACCGUUGGAAAGCCACGAAUGGCUGGAAGAGAAGACACCGGAAAGGUGGUCGUCGGCUAA